AUGUCCAUGCGAAUCACCAACACCCGACUUCUCCUGGCCUCAGUGUUGCUCUUGCUCUUCUUCUACUCUCCUUGGAAAAGACUGGAAACCCACAAAGAAGAACAAAAAACUUCAGCUCCCCGCAAAAUCCAUGUGCUGAUCCUCUCCAGUUGGCGUUCAGGGUCCACCUUUGCAGGGCAACUCUUCAACCAGAACCCAAAUGUCUUCUAUCUGAUGGAACCAGCCAAACACUUGUGGAACAGCAUGCGCUGGGGGAGCCCCAAGCUCAUUCAGGGGGCCAUGCGGGACUUGCUACGCUCUGUCUUCCUAUGUGACAUGGAGGCCUUCCGCUUCUACAUCCCAAACGUUAGUAAGGUCUCUCAUCUUUUCAUGUGGCCCAUGAGCAAGGGACUGUGCUCUCCACCAGCCUGUGAAGCCUUCAGCCGCUUUGACAUUGUGGACAAAAUGGAGUGCACUGCUCAAUGUGGCCAUGCCCCCUUUGACAAGAUUUCUGAAGCCUGUGGUACCUACAGCCAUGUGGUAGUGAAGGUAGUUCGCCUCUUCCAACUGGAAGUUCUGUAUCAACUCAUGAGAGACCCCUCCCUCCACCUUUACAUUAUUCAUCUUGUCAGAGAUCCUCGGGCAAUCUUUGCCUCGCGCCGCUCUAUCUCUCUUCUUGAUGAUAAUCAGUUCAUCACAAAGACCACCAACAGCAAUCCUGACAUCCGGAGGGUCAUGUACAAGGUCUGCCACAGCCAAGUUGAGAUGUACUUCACAGCUUUGUACCAUAUGCCCUCAGCUUGGAGGGGACGCUAUCUCCUAACACGUUAUGAAGACCUGGUGGGAGACCCCUUGGGGCACCUAGCCAAGUGGUACAAUUUCACAGGCCUAACUUCUACCCCCAAACUUCAGAAAUGGGUCUACAACAUAACUCACUGGCCCACCAGCAGUGAGCGUAAGGACCCUCUGAGUAUACAGAAAAAUGCCAAAUUCGUUUCCCAGGCAUGGAGGCAGCAACUCAGCUUCCAGAAGGUCCGAGAUGUUCAAGCCAUCUGCAAAGAAGCCAUGGAAGUCUUUGGUUAUAAACUAAUGACAUCUGAGGAGGAACAGAGGGAUCUGACUUUGGACUCUUUCCUUCCUGUAAGUGAAAUGAAAUCUUCUGCAAAACAGCCACAUGUAUAA